AUGGAGUUGUGGCCUUCUUCAGUCGUCGCUGGCCUCUGCCUGCAAGGUGCUACUUCGAUGAGCUCAACCACACAGAAGCCAUCCCCGCCUCUGCGAUCUUCUGCCGACAUGUCGGCGAUUCUUCUACCUCUGUCUCAGAGGCUCAUCUCUCACUUCUUGCUGGACCAGAUGGACGGCGGCGGCGGCGGCGCCGGCGCCGGCAGCAGAGUGAAGGUGGUCGGGCAGGUGGAGCGGGUGGACGGGCGGUCCCUGACCUACCCCGAGUUCGUCGACCGCUUCAUGAAGCCUAACCUCCCCGUCGUCCUCACGGGCCUCACCUCCUCCUGGCGAUCCUGCGAGGACUGGACGCUCGCCGGCACCGACGGUCGCCGCCGCCCCAACCUCGAUUUCUUCGCGCAAAACUUCCCCUCCCCUCUUGUUCAGGUCGCUGAUUGUUCUUCCAGAGAGUUCACGGACCACAAGCGGCUAGAGAUAUCCAUGCAGGAAUUCAUAGACAUUUCGGUUAGGAAUUCCUCCACUGGUUCAAGCAAUGGUGACUGUGAAGCUUCCCUGCUUUACCUGAAGGAUUGGCAUUUUGUUAAGGAGUAUCCUGAUUAUGUUGCAUACACCACACCUACGUUCUUCGUCGAUGAUUGGCUCAACAUGUAUCUUGACAGUCAUCCCAUGCAUAGAGAUCCUGACAUCGCCAAUCAUAAAAAUGAAAUAAAUUGUGCUGACUAUCGAUUUGUUUACAUGGGAGCAAAAGGAACUUGGACUCCUCUUCAUGCUGACGUUUUUAGGUCAUACAGCUGGUCAGCAAAUGUGUGUGGGAGAAAACUAUGGCUCUUUCUUGAACCUUCACAAAGUCAUCUGAUCUUUGAUAGGAACCUACGAUCACCGGUUUAUGACAUAAAUGAUGAUGUUUCUGAAAAGCAGUUUCCUGACUUCAAUAAGGCUGAAUGGAUAGAGUGCAUCCAAGAGCAGAAUGAAAUAAUUUUUGUGCCCAGUGGGUGGUACCACCAAGUCCAUAAUCUGGAGGAUACUAUAUCUAUCAACCAUAAUUGGUUCAAUGCCUACAACCUUCAUUGGGUGUGGAACUUGCUUCACGAAGACUACAAAGUUGCAAAAGAGUAUAUUGAAGACAUCCGUGAUAUAUGUGAUGAUUUUGAGGGGCUUUGUCAACGCAACUUGGCAGCAAAUACAGGCAUGAACUUCUAUGAUUUCUUCAUUUUUAUAACACGGUUUGUUUUAGCCAAUGUAAUUGAGCUAUACCAUAUUCGAGAGCCUGAGGAUGCUAAAUUCAAUUCAACAGAAACCGCUCACCCAUUUGUGUAUAACCUUAUGCAAAUUCGGGAUGUUGCAUCUAAGAUGAUAUCUAAAGAGGCUUUCAGUACCAAGAAUCUUUGUAUCAUCUCGGAAGAAAACCGGAGUGCUAUGUCAGAUGUUACAAAAAUAUUAAAAGAUGAUAGUUUCAGAAGGCUAUGGAUGUCACUGUCCGAGGCAUAUGCAUACAUUGGCAGGGGGCAAAGAAGUUUUGACCAAAUGAGGGAUUUAAAUCAGAAAGGCUGUUUGUCAGUGGCCUGCUUGAAAUCCGAUUGUAAUGUUGUUGAUGACAUUUCUUUCUUGAUGCUUGAAAUUCAUGGACCUGAGGACCUGGUGAGGCUAAUUGAUGCUGCUCUACGCGAGUAAUAGUUAUAAGCGCAUAACCGAUGUGUAAACUUGCAUGUGCUAAUCCUGAUUCCCAAGGUAACCAUUGGAUUUUCAUAGCCAGGACAUUUUGAGAGGACAACUAUGCUAGGCGGCAGAGCAUCCCCAUUGUUUGAUUGGUGUUAUAACCUUCCAACGUUGAAUGUUCUUAUUUAUUGUGCAUAAAGAUAAGCUCAAAAGAUUGUACCAUUUGAUAGCAAACCGUACUGUGGGUAUCUUUCAUGAUGAACAAGCUGUUACUUGAGGAGCUAAUUUGGAUGGGCAAAAGUCACAAUGCUAAAUCAUUCUGAUGUUGGACAUUGUUAAACCAGUUAUUGAUUCUAAUGGCAAGUACACUAGGAAAAGACUGUUGCUCUUAUACUAGAUCACUGUACUGCCUGGAACACGCAGAACCUUUGUCCGCCGGACGGCUGAUUGCACCGGUGCGCAGCAAAUUAUUGCUUGUCAGUUACUAGUACUAAGUAGCAGCGAAGGAAGAAGAAGACGAGAAAAAUCAGGCAUGCAAGCAAAGAGACGACCACAAGGAGCAGCAUCCACUUCUUGUUUUUGUCUGCACUGUAUGCAACUGCUGCUCCUGUCUCCUCUUUGCGCACCCAUCUUGUUCAGCUUUGCAGUGCCACAUUAUGCCUUUGUCUACUACUCCUAUCAUUCAAGCUAUUUUGAAUUACCAAAAAUGCAGAAGAAGAGCCGCCGAUCGAGAGAUAUCUCGACUCGUUUUUAUCCAUGCAUGUCCCGGUGAUCACGGGGGAC